AUAGGAGGGAAUUGGAUGACUGAAGGUGCUGUAAAUCAUAGAUGUCUACUUUUGAUUAUUGCCAUUCUUAGAACACAGUUAUGGAACAUGAGAUUUGGGAUAGUGAUGGCUGUACUACAUCUGAUUCAAGUGACUUGCCAGAUAUAGUUUCCUCUGAUGAGGAUUUGAAACCAUGGUUUCCUCCAAUCGAUCCACCACAGCUAAGCUAUGAAGUGUUGAUUCCUAAGAGAUGGUGUUACCUGAGGAUGUCCGUUUUGAAGCGGUACUGUCACAUUGUGAAAGUUCAGCUCCUGGGUCCAAUUCUUUUUGGCAGACCUCACUCAGAUGAACGCUAUAGGAACUGGGCAGCUGAAGCAGAGCUUAUCCAAUACGAACAUUAUGACGAACUGCGGGACCUUGAUCUCAAAACACUGAAGAUAAUCAAUCUUCUGGAAUCUGCACAUAGGGCUCUACUUGUAUAUGCUUUGAAGCGACCACUGCUGAUACAGUUUGUUCGUGUUGGUGAAAACCUCAUCCAGUGUUGCACUUUGGAAGAAGCAGUAAAAGUGGUAAAGCAGCAAACAAUUUUUCGGGAUGCCUUGAAGGUGUUGGCCUUUGGGAAUAAAAUGCAAGCAGCUACAGUCCUUGCUCUUACUGGUCUUCAUUAUUUCAGUCUUAUAAAGCAAUAUUCUAUUGAUCAUAAUGAUCUUUUUGAGCAAUUUGAAGAUCAGUGCUUUCAGGAAGAGGAGCGAGCAAAAAUAUUUCAGGAGCAUUGGGAAUCAGAUAUGAAGAAGCAACAUUAUGAAGCAGCAGUGAAGUCUUUGAAUGAGGCAAUACGAGUAUGUGCAUUUAAUCAUUUGCUGUAUGAGAAGAGAUCUUAUUGCUAUUUCCAGUUGUGUCAAUACAAAAAAGCAUGGAGUGAUGCCAAAAGGUGCAUUGUUCUGAGCCCUCAUUCCAUAGAGGGUCAUUAUCUAUUUUCAGGAGCACUAUGUGGAAAACGCUGGUACACUCGUGCAUUAAAGGCUAAUUCUUUAGCAAUUCAAAUAUGUCAACGGAAAGGGUUGAAUGUGAAGGGGUUGACGGAACAACGAGAAUUGAUCCAAAUUGAACAAUUACUUUCAUCAGAAGAGCAAGCAAUUGGGAAGUGGGAGACAGAUGACCCGAGUUGGAAGGACCAAAGCAGUGAUUCUCAGAGUUCUACAGUUGAAGAGGAUGAUGAAGAUGAUGACAAAUCAAGUGAAGAUGAUGACGAUGAUGUGAUUCCUACAGUGGAAUCUGUGGAUAUUUGGGUAAAAAAUACUAAGGAUAAUGAACAGAAUCAGAAAGCUGUACAUUUGGAUAUUCCUUUUUUGUCAAUGGACUUGAAAGCUAGCUGUUCUGACUCUGAAAAUGAUAGUGAAGACAAGUUAAAUGAAAAGCAUGAAUCAAAGAUAUCAUCUGAGCGUGAUCAUUCUGAUUCCGAGUCAAACUCGAGUUUGAAAUAUAAUCAAAGAGAUCUUGCAAAUCAAUCUAAUUCUUUAGAACCUGGAAAGCAAGAAAAAGCGGCAGAUGUAUUUGUAACCGAAAUCCCAUCGUUUCCUUCCGAGGAUCUUGGACAAGUCACAUUCCAACCUCCUGUAAAAGGUGCAUCCUCUUCCCUUGUGGAUCAUAAAACUGUUGUGUCAUCACCACCAGUGAAACCUAAACAGGACAUGUCCUCAACCUCUUUAUUCUCAGUAACACACCAACCAUCUUAUGAAAGUAAUUUAGUGUCUGAGGAAAUGGAAGAAACUAGCAGUGAUGGCAAGCAACAUAUGUUGUGCUUUCCCAAGGAAGUGCAGCAGGAACAGCAGAACAUGUUGGAAAUGAGCUCAGAGGUAAAAGAAAGAUUGCUAAAAUGCAAACUUAAAGAAGCUUCUGAGGCACUGAUGGCAUCUAAUUUUAGAAAUGCCAAGGAGAACUAUUUGAAUGCUCUGAAGCUCAUAAAAGAAAAGAAAGUGUAUAACUUGACUACCAUGGAGUACAUUCUCAUCGAGUAUGCCUGUGGAUUAUCAUAUCUAGGAAACAAUUUAAUUCAGGAUGUUUUGGAGGCUGAGCAACACUUUAUGAAAAUUCUCGAAGAGUUCAAGGAGGAAGAUUCAAGUCACUUCAACUGCCUCUCUUAUUAUGGUCUCAGUCGAGUCUAUCUCAAAUGGAACAGGUAUAAAGAAGCAAGAUCAACUUUAGAGAAGUCUCUUCGACUAGUUGAAAGUAAUUUAGUCCCAGGACUUCGAACAUGGCCAGGCACUGAUACUGUAAUUGAAGAAACCAGGGAUGGUGUACUGAAAGAGCUAUUGAAGUCCCUUCUUAAAGAAUGCUUGUGUUACCCACGGCCUGAAGCUAUCUGCCAUUAUGAAUUCUGUUAUACCCAUAAUAAAAAACGGGAAAUUUAUGCAUCCGAUCCUGACUUUAAGGGGUUUGUUCGAGUGCACUGCAGUGACAAUUGCCAUAUUGAGUACCAUUUAUACUGCUGGAAACGCUGCAAAAUUAAAGAACUCCAAGACAAAGUAGAAAAAGACAUUUUGGGUUUAGGCUGUCUUACCCCAGACUGUAUAGGGUGCAUAUGGAAAGUGGACAUUAUUCAGGACUCGCGGCAAAAAACAAUUGAAUGUUCAAAGCCAAAGAGAAAUAAAACAAGCCAUAAUCAAGAAACUAAGGCAUCAUCUAGCAGUUUUAACUUAAAGAAGAUUACCAGAAAAAAAGAAAGAAAGCAUCAAAAUACAGGAAAACAGCCGUCUAAUAUCCACCAGGAACAAACUGAUACUUUGAACAGAAAACCUGACCAGUGUGUUCUGAAGGAUGAAACAGUUGGAGCCAGAAAGAAAGAAGGGAAAGCUAAGGAUAUAGCACUUUCAAGUGAAUUGAUGAAGAAUGAUACAAUCAGAAAUUUGGAAACGACAGCACCUGAACUGAAUGACAACAGUUAUGCACUUUCUGAGAUGACAGAUUGUUACCAAUGGGCAUCCAAAGAAGAAAAGGUUCAAAACUCAAGCACCAAUACAUAUUUAGAUAAUGAAGUUCAAAAUACAAAUAACUUCAUAAAUUUGGAGUCACAUUUGAAUAAAAAGAAUAAAUACAAAACUAAAGAAUUUGGAACAUUGGAAUGCAAAGGUGAAGAACAUGUUACACAAUCUACAAACAGUAACCUAUUUCUGUAUAAAUCUCUCAGUCCAAUAAAUUCUCCACAUUCUACCUGGUUAGCAAAGGAACAAGCAAGCUCAGAUGAUUCUUCUAAAUCGCAGACCUUAAAAAUCAGCAGUGGACAAGCUGAAUAUACUGUUGUCAAUAAGAACAUGACAACUAGUGAUGUUGCAGUGCUGACUGACCCUAUAAAACCUUUUGAAAGCAAAGAGAAAACCUUCUUGUAUCUUUGCCAUGAGAACAUUCGCCUUAUGCAGAACUAUGAGAAGUCACAAAAAUUGUAUAAUCGACUUUAUGCUGACACUCAAAAUGAAAUUAAAACAUUCAGAGAAAAGUAUGAGCAACUUGUGUUCAAAGAGAAGAAAUUGAGGAAUGAGCUCAGAACAAUAAAGUUACAGAUGGAGGCUAAAAAAGAAAAAAAAUGUGACCAAAGGAAGUAUCAAUUACAAGAACUCAAUACUCUACAAGAAGAACUUAAAUCUACAAAGAAUAAUUUGGAAAGGUCCAAAAAAACUAUUCAUGAAAAAGAUACUGAAAUUCAGAAAAUAAAAGAUGAAAGGGAGAAAUGGAUCAGUGACCAGAAAAAAUUGCAGACAAUUUAUUCCACAAGAAAAGAAAAUUAUAGGCAAUCAGCCAACAGACUACUUUCAGUUGAGACUCAGAUUCAAGAAUGGAAAAAAUACACAAGAUUAUAUUUUUUGAAUCAUCUACUUCAGGAGGCUGUUGAAAAUGUAAAGUUUUAUACUGCACAAAAGAGUCGGAACGUUAAUUCUGCAGACAUCAUUGCUGCUUUUGACAUGUGGGAAAAAAGAAUGAAAGGAAUUCAAGAGCAAAUUGCUCUGUCCAACGCUGCAUCUUGGUCCCAGGAGGAUGGAAUAUAUAAUGAUGGUCUAUAUUCUGCAAAUUAUUUUAACUUGAUGCCAUCUCAAUACAAAUUUGAACAUCAAAAGUAUCCUGCAAAUCAACCAAGACAUUCAACAUCUCCUGUAACAGUUAAAAUGGGUCAGAAUGUUGCAUUUGCUGGAAAUUCUGAUUUCGUUGAAAGUGUCUGGCUUUCACCCAGAUCCAAGAAUAAACGACUUGAUGCGAAAACAUUACUGAGAACAGAGAAGAGCAUGUACAGAUCAGCUGCUUGGCCAUCCAGUUACUCAACAGUACCAACUAUGGAGUCUAAUUCGGGCCUUGAUUUGUUUGAUCAUAGCCAGUCUGAUCUUGAACUAGAAUAUAGGAUGGCUGGUCAAAAAAGGUCAUUUCCACUUCACCUUACCAGUGAUAGUUUGGAAAUGCAUGAUGUAUCAAUUGAACAAAAAUCAUUAACAAUCCCAGACAUUUCUCUUGCGACAUUACAAACAUCACAUGUCUCAGGGAAUCUUCAACAUCAUUUAUUUGAACCUUCUGACUCAACAGCUAAUUCCUUUAACAAGUCCUUCAAUCAUUUACAAUCUGCACAUGCUGUUGUCAAGCCCAAGAAAGAUUUGCAAGCUUUACACACCCAAAGGCCACUUGGUGAAACAUCCACUACGAUUAUGUCACCUGUUGGUGGUGGGUUAUCUAUUGCUGAACCAAGAUCAUCAUAUCAUGCAGUCAUGGAACAACUUUUCUUCAAAUUCCCUACAACAAGACCAUGUACCCAUCUGCUCCAGAAAUGUUUCCGUUUGCUUCCACAAACUAUGAUAAUCCUUUCCGCCCCAGCUAUCCUACUCUACAACCUGAUCUGUCACCAGCAACACGAGAGAAAUUCAGUAGCUGCCAGUCUGCGAGUGCAAAUCCUUCAUGUUUUGAAUCAUUACCUCUUGGAGAUUUGCUGGAGCUGGAAGGCAGUUUUGAUGGCCUGUAGAGUUGAAGAAAUGUCAGUUAAAUUGGAACAUAAGAUUCUUCGUGGACUUAGAUGUUGGCUGCUGGCUAACCUGCUGUAUUUUGGAAAUUUCUAUGCAGCUGAAACAAUCUGAAAUGUUUCUAUCGUAUCUGGUUUCUUUGCCUAUAGGUACAAAUAAUGAUAAAAUGACUGAUUAAAAUUCAAGUUGAUUCCCUGUAAAGGUGGUACUGUUUCUUUGUGAAUUGAAAUUGCAAUGCAACUUUUAAUAAACUGAUAAACUUUUUUUUUAAAA